CCGCGCUGUGCGCGGUGACUGGCGGCUGCACUGGCGGCAGCUGGAGGUGUAAUAGUGCGGGUAGUGGGUUUGGAGAAGUUCCGAGGUGGCGGUGGCGCCGGUCAGGACAAGGAUAGCGGAAGCGGGCCCUGGGCUUGUCGCUCACCAUGCCGACGGUGGAGGAGCUUUACCGCAAUUAUGGCAUCCUGGCCGAUGCCACGGAGCAAGUGGGCCAGCAUAAAGAUGCCUAUCAAGUGAUAUUGGAUGGUGUGAAAGGUGGUACUAAGGAAAAACGAUUAGCAGCUCAAUUUAUUCCGAAAUUCUUUAAGCAUUUUCCAGAAUUGGCCGAUUCUGCUAUCAAUGCACAGUUAGACCUCUGUGAGGAUGAAGAUGUAUCUAUUCGACGUCAAGCAAUUAAAGAACUGCCUCAAUUUGCCACUGGAGAAAAUCUUCCUCGAGUGGCAGAUAUACUAACGCAACUUUUGCAGACAGAUGACUCUGCAGAAUUUAACUUAGUGAACAAUGCCCUGUUAAGUAUAUUUAAAAUGGAUGCAAAAGGGACUUUAGGUGGGUUGUUCAGCCAAAUACUUCAAGGAGAGGACAUUGUUAGAGAACGAGCAAUUAAAUUCCUUUCUACAAAACUUAAGACUUUACCAGAUGAAGUCUUAACAAAGGAAGUGGAAGAGCUUAUACUAACUGAAUCCAAAAAGGUCCUAGAAGAUGUGACUGGUGAAGAAUUUGUUCUAUUUAUGAAGAUACUGUCUGGGUUAAAAAGCUUACAGACAGUGAGUGGAAGACAGCAACUUGUAGAGUUGGUGGCUGAACAGGCCGACCUAGAACAGACCUUCAAUCCCUCGGAUCCUGACUGUGUGGACAGGCUCUUACAGUGCACUCGGCAGGCAGUACCCCUCUUCUCUAAAAAUGUCCAUUCCACAAGGUUUGUGACAUAUUUCUGUGAGCAGGUUCUCCCUAACCUCGGUACCUUGACUACCCCAGUGGAAGGUCUUGAUAUACAGUUGGAGGUAUUGAAAUUGUUGGCGGAGAUGAGUUCAUUUUGUGGUGACAUGGAAAAACUAGAAACAAAUUUAAGGAAACUAUUUGAUAAGUUAUUGGAAUACAUGCCCCUCCCUCCAGAAGAAGCAGAAAAUGGAGAGAAUGCUGGUAAUGAAGAACCCAAGCUACAGUUCAGUUAUGUGGAAUGUUUGUUGUACAGUUUUCACCAGUUGGGCCGAAAACUUCCAGAUUUCUUAACAGCCAAACUGAAUGCAGAAAAGCUCAAAGAUUUCAAAAUCAGGCUGCAGUACUUUGCACGGGGCCUGCAAGUUUAUAUCAGACAACUUCGCUUAGCUCUCCAGGGUAAAACGGGUGAGGCCUUAAAAACAGAAGAGAACAAGAUUAAAGUCGUUGCAUUGAAAAUAACAAACAAUAUCAAUGUUUUAAUCAAGGAUCUCUUCCACAUUCCUCCUUCUUAUAAGAGCACAGUAACACUAUCCUGGAAACCUGUACAAAAGGUUGAGAUUGGGCAAAAGAGAGCCAGUGAAGAUACAACUUCAGGUUCACCACCCAAGAAAUCUUCAGCAGGACCAAAAAGAGAUGCCAGGCAGAUUUAUAACCCUCCCAGUGGGAAAUAUAGCAGCAAUUUGGGCAACUUUAAUUAUGAAAGGGGGGUCAAAAAAGACAUCAAGACAUCACCCUAGUAAGACAUAAUGGCAAAAAAAUUGAUUGCAAAAUUGACUGAAAAGGUAUUUUUCAAGCCUCCAAGAUUGUGGAUCAAAAACAGCAAAACCAAGCUCUCUCUAUUGUUGCUAACAAGAUUGCUAUAAUGAGGAAGUUUAGAAGUUAAUGAAGAGAUUUGAUCACAUUUACAUGUGAUUAAAAGUCGAGCCUUGCUGAUAACUUCGAUCAGUUUUCUUCACGGGACGACACCUUUGAGGACUAUUUCUCUGUGGCUAUAAAAGUGACUGACCAAUGGAUCAGAGACUCUUGUUCUGUACAUCACAAGUGACUUGAUUUUUCAGCAAAAGAUAUGCUUAGUUUAUAUCGGUAGCUGAAACACACUCAGACGCACAUACACACAUAGCAGCUUUUUGGCAGUACUCUGAGAAGCGUAUGUAGCUGAUAAAGCAGUGAAAAAAACUCAGCAUUUAGAUCUACGUUUGUGUGAGUCUAGUUGCGUGAAAUACUGUGAUCAAAACAAAAAUUGUGUAUUUAUUGCAUUCAAAGGGACGUUUUGUAGUCUACCUGAUUUUCGAAAUUGAUUAUUGAUAAUUUAAGAUAUUUCUCAUAGUUAUAUGAGUUACCUUUAGUAAUGAUAGACAAUAAAUAAAUAAAUAAGUUGUUAUGGAAGUCAUAGCCAGAGCAGGUAGACAAGAGAAAGAAAUAAAGGGCAUCCAAACUAGAAAGGAGAAGUCAAAUUGUUCUCUAUGCAGAUGACAUGAUGUUUUAUAUAUAUAUAUAUAUAUAUAUAUAUAUAUAAAGACUCUACCAAAAAACUCAUAGAACUGAUAAAUUUAGAAAAGUUAGAAGAUACAAAAUUAGUAUACAAAAAUCAGUAGCAUUUCUAUGCAUGAACAGUGAAAUAGCUGAAAAAGAAAUCAAGGCAAUCGCAUUUAUAAUAGCUAUGAAAAAAAUCUAGGAAUAAAGUAACCAAGAAGGUAAAAUAUUUCUAUACAAGGAAAACUACAAAACGCUGAUGAAAGAAAUUGAAGGAGACACAAACAAAUUGAAAGACCCUCCAUACUCAUGGAUUAGAGGAAUUAAUAUAUUUUAAAUGACCGUGCUGCCCAAAGUGAUCUCCAGAUUCAGUACAACUUCUAUCAAAAUAACAAUGACAUUCUUCACAGAAAUUGCCAGCAAAAAAAAAUAUUAAAAUUUAUAUGGAAACACAAGACCCCAAAUAGCCAAAGCAAUCCUGAGCAAAAAGAACAAAGCUGGAGUUAGAACACUACCAGAUCUCAAAAUAUAAAUCAAAGAUGUAGUAACCAAAACAGCAUGAUACUGGCAUAAAAAUAGAUGGAGACCAAUGGAACAGAACAGAGAACCAGAAAUUAAUCCACGUAUCUACAGCCAACUGAUUUUUUACAAAGGUGGCAAGAAUACUCAUUGGAGGGACAAAAAAAAAGGGACAGUCUCUUCAAUAAAUGGUGCUGAGAAAACUGGGUAUCCAUAUGCAGAAGAAUGAAACUAGAUCCCCACCUCCCACCUUGUACAAAAAUCAACUCAAAAUGGAUCAAAGACCUAAAUGUAAGACCUAAAACAAUAAAACUACCAUAAGAGAAAACAGAAGAAGCACUUCAGGACAUUGGUCUGGGAAAAGAUUUUAUGACUAAGACCUAAAAGCACAGUCAACAAAAACAUAAACCAAUGGGAUCAUAUCAAAUUAAAAAGCUUCUGUGCAGCAGAGGAAACCAUCAACAGUGAAAAGACAACUUACAGAAUGGGAGAAAAUAUUUGUAAACUACUCAUCCAACAGAGGAUUAAUAUUCAGAAUAUAGAAGAUAUUCAAACAUCUUAAUAGCAAAACAAAUCUAGAUUAAAAAUGGGCAAAUCAUCUGAACAGACAUUUCUCAAAAGAAGACGUACAAAUGGCCAAUAAAUGUAUGAAAAAAAUUCUAAACACUAAGCAUCAGGGUAAUGCACAUCAAAACCACAAUGAGGAAGUUUGGAAGUUCAUUGAAGAGAUUUUAUCUCAUUUACAUAUGAUUAAAAGUCAGACAUUGGCACCCCCAUGUUUAUUGUAGCACUAUUCAUUAGCCAAGACAUGGAAUCAACCCAGAAUCAACAGGUGCAUCAACAGAUGAAUGGAUAAACAAGAUGUGGUAUUAUACACAAUGGGAUACUAUUCAGCCAUAAAAAAAGAAUGUCCUUUCAUUUGCAGCAACAUGGAAGGAACAGGAGGACUUUAUAGUACGUGAAAUAAGCCAGCAAUGGAAAACUAAACAAUGCAUGUUCUCUCUCAUGUGGAAGUUUUAAAAAGUUAAUCCUAUAGAAGUAAAAAGUAGGACAGCACAUACUAGAGGCUGAGAAGAUAGGGGGAAGGAAGGGAUAGGGAGAGAUUUGUGGGAGAAUGCAGAAUAACAUAGGAAUAAGCCCUAGUGUUCUGUACCACUAUAGCACGACUAUAGUUAAUAUAUACUUUAAAAUUGGAGAAUAUUGAAUGUCCCCAACACAAAGAAAUUAUAGGUGUUUGAGAUGAUGGAUAUGCUUGUUACCCUGAGCUGAUAACUCUACAUUCUUUGUAUCAAAGCAUUCUACCCCACGAAUAUGUAGAAUUAUUAUUUGUGAAUUUGAAGAAUUAAGUUUUUUAAAAAGUGUAUGGGCUGGGCACAGUGGCUCACACCUGUAGUCCCAGCACUGAGGCAGAACGAUCCCUUGAGGCCCGCAGUUUGAGAUCAGCCUGGCAACAAAAUGAGGACCUGUCUCUACAAAAAAAAAAAAAAAAAAAAAAAAAAAAUAGCCAAACAUGGUGGUGUGCAUCUGUAGCCCUAGCUACUGGGGAGUCUGAGGCAGAAAGAUCACUCUAGUCCAGAAGUUCAAUGUUAUGGUGAACUGUGAACGCACCACUGCACUCCAGCCUGAGCAACACAGCAAGACCCUCCAAAAAAAGUGUAGUUAUCGUAACAUCACCUUGAAACAACUUUGUUACUGGGAUACAUUUAAUUAAGCAACUACCAUGAAUGUAGUUGGUACCUUGCCUUACGUGCUUCAGUAUAUAUGUUGUUCUUGUUUUAUGUACAGGCUAAAUUUGUAGAUUGAAUAGCAGAAUAUUAGUUCCGUUCUUAUAGGGCCUACUGCUGUAUUCAGAGUUAUGAGCUACAUUUCUUCUGCGUUUGCUGCACCAUGAAAUCCUAAGCAAGACCUAAACCCUUGUUCGCUUUU